AUGUCGUCUUCACCAUGCCUCGAUAUUCACCACUCCGCCAAGGCCGUAAUUCAAUGGCAGUCCGACACUACGACACAUACUCUGGCAAAGCCAGAUCCCCAAGUCAGCUCUAUAACAUUCACCUGCCGCUUCGAUAAAACAUGCGCCUUCUUCGAGCUGAGCAUUCCCGUCAAGCUCAAGGGAUUAGACACCACCACAGCCGUUACAUUACGCGCAUGCGCCUCGUCCAUAGUCUCUCUGGACGUAGUCAAGAACCCGACUGUUCCCGUCACAAUACAACGAGAGUUUGACUCUCCCACUCUGUGCCUCAAUUUCACCUUGAACCACCACCUCAACGUCCUUGUUCCCACUCCUGCACUAGAGCCGCCAUCUCCCGCCCGAAAACAUUCAGGUGCAGUUCUUGACGCGAUCCGUGAACUUUCCAAUGCCACCGUUCUAUCCAUCUUUAUCGAGGCUCAGGCCGCACCCUCGUCGCUCCAAUCCAUCAGUGAUGCCGUCACUGAGGGUCUUCUCAAGUCUUUUCACAGCCUCCGAUAUCAUCUUGCUAGUAUGUAUGGCGGCCUCGGAGCCAAGCUUAUCGAUCUGUCGGUUCAGACAGCACUCCCACCACCGGCCUAUGACGAUACCGAUCCGCCGCCACCGCCACCGAUCGAUUGCAAUUACAGUAAGAAGCGCCCUCGACAAGACAGCCAGUCCCCACGCAGCAGUGAUAUCGCCCUCAUUUGGGAUGAGCUGCGGUCUUUAAAAGAGACAAGAUGUCGGGAUCAAGUACGGAUCGAAGCCUUGGAGACGGAGAAUAAGAGAUUGAGACAAGAGAACGAAGACCUGGUCAAAGGCAUGGAUACGAUGCGAGAGCGAUGCAAUGCCUUGGAAGAUGGCUUCGAAGUUCUCAACAAGUCCACUGAGGGCUUUAUGGAUACAUAUGAUAACGAAUUGACGGAAUUGCGCGACGACAUUCACUCGCUGGAGGGAAUGGUCAACUUCCUACAAGAGGGUCAAGUCAGUGACGAGACGGCGAAGAGGAUAAAGGAUGCCGUUGUUAAGGAUAUUACAACGCGGCUUUCGGCAGAUUGA